GAGGACGGGAAACGGAACUUUUGUGAAUUACAAAAGAAACUUUGACAAUAUUGAAUGAGAAAAUAAUCAGAAUGUCUACCGUGUUGGAUGUUUGCGGACCCCUCUCCCCACCCUCAACGCCGCCGUUGAUGGAUGUUAAAGUGGAAUUACCUUUGAAGAAAGCGGCCGUGAAGCGCGCCCGCGAGUCUACCCCGCCCGGGGGACUCGUCACGCCUCAACCCUCGGAUUCUGAAGGUGAAGAUGAAUUCGCCAAGAGAUCCCGCUGUGAGCUGGCGAGGCUUCUCCUCACGACUCCUCCCCCGGAGCCCUGCUGUCGACCCUCCGUCAUAAUGCGAGCUCACAAAGACGGCACAUGUAGCCCCGAGCCGCUGCGGCUGCCGCCUCCCUCCAAUAUGAACAUCCUGAAGACGCUCAAGUUCAAAAUGAAUCGCGGCCACAGCUACUCCCAGGCUAGAUACAUCGCCAACCAAGUACAGAGUCCACCCUCGGCGCCCGCCAGUCCUCCCGCUAAGGUCGAGGAGGCGCGGGUUCCGUCACCACACCCAGAGACCCCCAAACCUGAGGAGCGUGUUCCCCCUCCUCCUACAGUGUCCACUCCGGGCUGGGUUCCCCUCGCCCCUCGCCCUGCCCCAGCUAUGCUCGUCCCGGGCGCCCUCUUGCCCACGACCGCCUUAUGGCUGGUGGCUCCAGCGCCCGCGGCAAGGAGACGUCUCUACGAGUGUUCGUAUCCAGGCUGCGGGAAGAACUACUUCAAAUCGUCACAUCUGAAGGCUCACGCGAGAACUCACACCGGAGAGAGACCAUUCAAAUGCGGAUGGUCGGGCUGCGAGAGGCGAUUCUCGCGUUCGGACGAGCUGUCGCGACAUAAGCGGACUCACACCGGGGAGAAGAAAUUCGGAUGCCGAGUGUGUAACCGCCGCUUCAUGCGUUCAGACCACCUCGCCAAACACGUCAAGAGACACGCCAAGGAGCGGGCGCCCGCACCGGUCGUGAGACUGCUGCCCUCACCAGCCUCUCCGCCCUCCCCGCCCGCAGCGCUCAUGACAGUCGCCCAGUGAGCGACACGACUGUUCACCAGAUCUCAUGAUCUUUAACUAGCUUUAGAAAUGAAUUAAGACUGUCCUAUCGACUACUUACGUUAUGUUAAGCCUUAAGUCUAUGUUAUUGUCUAGUUGUAAGUAAAAUAUAAAUCAUUGAUUCGA